AUGAAAUAUGCGUUGCGCAAAUUGGAUGACACAAAAUUCAAAUCACAUGAGGUUUCCAUUUAUUGUUGUUCUUCCAUUUGGGUCCGCCGAAUAACAGUGGAAGCCGUUCACCGACGCCUUAAAGCCGUUUGCCGCCAAUUUUGCACACCACCAUACACCUGUGGCUAUCAUCGUCAUCAUCAUCAUCAUUAUCAUCGUUCCAGUUCGCCGUUAUACUACAUCAUAUUCUUAUAUGCUGUUAAUCUGAGUAAUGCGCUCGCCGAUUAUUAUUAUUAUUAUUAUUAUCUCACACUCACCCCGUCGGAUGGAACAGACAGCAAGUAUGUGCAUGCCUUAUGUGCUGCUGCUGCAGCAGCGUCGCCUGAAUUUUGCGCACUGUUUUAUCAGUCAGAUCGUAUCAUCCCGGCUCCUGCUCCAGAUGCUGCUGCUGAUGCUGCAAUAGUUCCUUUGAUGGGCUUUUUAACACCGACCCCGUGA